UAAACUUCAAACGUAUUUUAAUCGUUCAAUCAGAAAUAACAAUGGCGCGUACCAAGCAGACUGCCCGUAAAUCCACUGGUGGUAAGGCACCACGUAAGCAAUUGGCCACUAAGGCUGCCCGCAAAUCCGCUCCCGUUGCCGGUGGUAUCAAGAAGCCACACAGGUACCGCCCCGGAACUGUUGCUCUUCGUGAAAUUAGGAGGUACCAGAAGUCCACUGAGCUUCUUAUCCGCAAGUUGCCAUUCCAGCGUCUUGUAAGGGAAAUUGCUCAAGAUUUCAAGACUGACCUUAGGUUCCAAUCCUCUGCUGUUCUUGCUCUUCAGGAAGCUGCUGAGGCUUACCUUGUUGGUCUUUUCGAGGACACCAACCUUUGUGCCAUUCACGCUAAGCGUGUUACCAUUAUGCCCAAGGACAUCCAGCUUGCCAGGAGGAUCAGGGGUGAGAGAGCUUAAAGCUCCUAUUCCAUAUGAAAUGUAAGCGUACUCUAAUAUCGUUUAAGGCUUCACUUGAAGCCAUCAAAUACUUUAAUUUAAUAUUGCUAUUCAAUCU